AUGGAAAAUGGUUUGGCACUGUCCAAGGUUCUUCCGGCUAUUUCUAUGUUACUGUUCCUGGCUGGGAAUGAAGAGGGCAUGGUCCUUGAGAUGCUUGACCUCGAAGAUGCUCUUCAGGUCGUGGAUAUCAUCCUGACCAUAGUGUGGCAAUUUACUAUCUGGGCCUUCCCGCCCACCCCAUACACAUCAUCGGGGCUCUCCCGCCUGCCAUUCAAAUUAGCAACUGGGCUCUCCCACCGACCAUAUACGCAUCCUCUGGGCCUCUCCCGCCUACCAAUUCAAAUCAGCAACCGGGCCUUCCGCGCCAACCCUACCAACACCAUUUGGGCUCUCCCGCCGACCAUAUACGCAAUCCUCUGGCUCUCCCGCCUACCAUUCAUCAGCAACCGGGCCUUCCCGCCAACCCUACCAACAUCAUUUGGGCUCUCCCGCCGACCAUAUACGCAUCUUCUGGGCUCCUCCCCCGCCUACCGUUCGAUCAGCAACUGGGGCCUUCCCGCCUACCCCUACCAACACCAUUUGGGCUCCCUCCCGCCGACCAUAUACGCAUCCUCUGGGCUCUCCCACCUACUGUUCAAUCAGCAACCGGGCCUUCCCCGCCAACCCUACCAACACCAUUUGGGCUCUCCCGCCGACCAUAUACGCAUCUUCUGGGCUCUCCCGCCUACACGUUCAAUCAGCAACCGGGGCCUUCCAGCCUACCCGACCAACACCAUUUGGGCUCUCCCACCGACCAUAUACGCAUACUCUGGGCUCUCCCAUCUACCGUUCAAUCAGCAACCGGGCCUUCCUGCCAACCCUACCAACACCAUUUGGGCUCUCCCACCGACUGUAUACACAUCAUUUGGGCUCUCCUGCCUACCCCUCUACUACUAUCUGGGCCUUCCCACCGACCCUAAUUAUACCAGUUGGGCUCUCCCCGCUGACCAUAAUGACACUAUUUGGACUCUUCCAUCUACCUCUCAACUACUAUCCAGGUGUUCCCACUCACCCUAA